AUGUAUCGUCGAUUACCACCGGGCUACAUUACAAAAUCUACAAUAAUCGUAGUUGGGGGAGGACUGCUGGGUUAUGCCGCCACUGAAAUGCUAUGGGGCUCGGAAGUCUUCUAUGAUAGAGCGGUGAUGCCGCUUGUUCACAAGUAUACUGAUGGAGAAACAGCACACAGUCUAGCUAUUCGCGCGGCUUCCUGGGGUCUGACUCCGCGGUUCGGACCUAAUCGAAGGGAGUACGACGAGUUAGCAUGUGAGUUCCUUGGAAUGCCACUGAAAAAUCCGAUUGGAUUGGCUGCUGGUUUCGACAAAAAUGCUGAAGCAGUUGGUCCUCUGUCAGAAGCGUCGGGAUUUGGACUAGUCGAAGUUGGAUCAGUGACCCCUAUACCACAAGAUGGGAAUCCAAAACCACGAAUGUUUCGCUUGCUUGAAGACGAGGUUUGA